CGGAGCAAUCCAAUCACAAGUCAAGAAUGAGAAAGCAUCAACCAAUGAGCGCAGGGCAAAAAAAAAAAAAAACUUUGCAAAGUUGGAAAAGAAAAAAGGGCACAGACGUUUUUUGGAAAUAAGUAACAGUACAAGGGGUAAAGGGCGAAAGAAAGAAAGAACGAAAGAAAGAAAGAAAGAAUAUAGAGAACACGGUUGUUUGUCUUCACCAAUGGGAGCCGCGCCAGGAUGGGAGGAUGGUGAACUGGAGUUUAAACUGGUCUUUGAAGAAGAUCCCCUGCCGGGACCAGAGCUGGAAAGAGGGAGACCCGCAGACGUGAACAAUAACCGGGAUGCUGACCAGGAAAGAACCCCCCCCUCCCUCUCCACCAACCAGCCAAUCCAGAUCUCCCAAAACCGACCGGGAGGCGGGCCUUUGCUUCCCUCCACCAAUAACCGUGCCGGAAUGCAUUCUCCUCCCCCCAAACCGACUGUCGACAAAGAAUUCUUCGGGACAUACGAAAGCCAGCCGGCUCGGUACAUUCAACUGGACAGCUCUCGGAUUUUAGAAUGUCCCAGUAUCCAGAUCACCCCCAUAUCUCCUCAGGAUAGCCAGGAAGAGACCUACUAUUGUCCUUGGGAGAGAACUUCUAGGGAUCAUUUGUACCUUCACCUGGAUCCUUUCAGCUACCGAGACGGAGGUUCUCUAAGCCCCAGUUCUGCCAGCAGCCUCUCUUCUAGAAGUUGGGUAUCGGAUGCGUCAAGUUGUGAUUCUUUACUACUCGGUGAUGAAGAAGAACUAAAUGAAGCAACUUCUCAAUUCAACCUGGGAACGAGGCCAACGUCCCCCAGACUGGGACCUCUCCUCUCAUCGCCUGCCUCCCCCAGUUCCAGACCUGCUUCUCCAGGAGGCAAGAGAAGACAUUCGGGAUGCCUGGACUCGUAUUCCCCUCUCCCCUCACCCUCCAUUUCAAGAAGAGGCAGUUUUUCAGAAGACCCCUUAUCUCCAGAUUCCUCAUCUGAAGUCCCGGAAUUUGGUUUCCCAACAAUUUCAGGAUUAAGUGUCCCUCUAGAGCUGGAUAACAUCCCGCAGAAGGCCCGGAAAACUUCUUUAGAACAGGGAGCCAGGAAAGAAGAUCCGGCUGGGAGUAGUGAUAAUGGUUAUCAGGUUAUUGAUGCCGAGGAGGGAUACAUACAGGGGAAGGAGAGCUAUCACCAUGCUUUGGGCCUACAAUCCGGGAUGGAUUAUCUGUCAGUCCCUUCUCCUCUUACGUGGUCUAAAGCUAGGAUGACUGGACACAGACCCAUUUUUAGGUCAACAGCCCUCCCUCCUCUGGACUGGCCCCUCCCCUCGCAGUUUGACCCCUAUGAGCUGAGGGUGGAGGUCCAGCCCCGGUCACACCACCGUGCCCACUACGAGACUGAGGGCAGCCGGGGGGCAGUCAAGGCAUCGCCAGGGGGGAACCCCAUCGUCAAGUUAUUGGGAUUCAGUGAGAAGCCACUGUCCCUCCAGAUGUUCAUCGGCAGCGCUGAUGAGCGAGCCUUGCGCCCUCACGCCUUCUACCAGGUCCAUCGCAUCACUGGUAAAAUGGUGAGCACAGCCAGUCAGGAGCUCGUACUGGGAGGGACCAAGAUCCUGGAGAUCCCACUGCACCCCGAGAACGGCAUGAGCGCCAAUAUCGACUGUGCCGGAAUUCUGAAGCUGCGGAAUUCUGACAUUGAGCUUCGGAAGGGCGAGACAGACAUCGGGCGGAAAAACACCAGAGUGAGGCUGGCCUUCAGAGUGCACAUCCCCCAGGGAGCGGGCAAAGUGGUGUCCAUACAGACUGCAUCGGUGCCUAUAGAGUGCUCUCAACGCUCGGCCCAGGAGUUGCCCGCUGUGGAGAGUUGUAACAUCACUUCCUGUUCCUUGGAGGGGGGGGAGGAGCUUGUGCUGACCGGCUCCAACUUCCUGCCAGAGUCAAAGGUCAUCUUCAUUGAGAAGGGACCAGAUGGUAAACUCCAAUGGGAGAGUGAGGCACAGGUGGACCGGGACAAAAGCAGUGAGAGUGAGCUGUGUGUGGAGGUCCCUGGGUACUGCAAUGAGACUGCAAGCCAGCCAGUCCAGGUUUACUUCUAUGUUUCCAAUGGGAAAAGAAAGCGCAGUUCAAUACAGUGCUUCAAAUACCUGCCAGUGAUGUUCAAAGAACCGCCACCAGUUCCAAUGAGCCCUCUAGUGGCAGAUCCCAGUAGAGCGGCACAACCUUGCCAGUCGCUUGGCCCAGAAGGGGGGCAAUACCCAGUGGACUACCAUCCUUACUACCAAAGAGGAGAGAAGCCCUCAAACCACAUCGACUAUCCCCAUGGCUACCCUUCUCCCAGGCACUUCCCGUUGCGGGGAGAAUUUGAAAACGCGGCGGUUGAUUUUCUGGAUCAUUUGGGCUACGAGGCUGAACUGGGAGUUAACGGGCUUCUGCUGCCUCACUUGCAGAAGCCCGACUUGACUCCGAGCCUCACAUGGCUGGACUCCCCAUACCAACCAACAUCUCCUUCCUCCCUGAGCCCUUACACGCUGAACAGUCCCGUCUCCAGCUCCUCCCAAUCGAUGCUCUGCGGGCCCAGUUACCCAUCUGAGAGCUUUGAAGGUCCCUCUCUGCAGAUGGGAUAUGCAGUCCCCCAAGCUGCUGACCAGGCGUACGCUGCCCGUCGGAUGAAUUUCCGGAUCAACGAUUCAUUCCCCGUGGCUCAGGAGCCAUGCCUCCCGCCUUACCCCUCGUAUCCCUACACCGAUUCCUCCGCGGGGUUAGCUAGUCCCUCGGAAAAGCCCUCUUUGCCCAAACAGACGUCCUUUGGCCCAGAGUCUCUCCCGGCUCCAGUGUCCCAGGGUAAGGAAGCUGGCGAAGGGCCACAGUAUAACGUGGAGAGAGAGGAGAUGAAGUCUGGAUUUGAGGGAUACGGACCUACCUUUAGGAAUGUACCCAUUCAAGGGAUCACUCUGGAAGAAGUGAAUGAAUUCAUUGGAGAAAAUCUGACACAAUUUCCUGACACAAACCUUGAAGGAAGACCAAACUAAAGGAAAUAGCUUGGGGCAGUUAAACUUAGUCAAGUGACUUUUCUGACCAUGCCUUCUUUAAACCCAGUAGGCUGAAGAGCACCCCUUCUAAAAGAUUCUGACAGUAAAGGCUUAGCAAAGUGAAAUAAAGCACAGCGACAGCAUGGCAUAUGUAAUAUGUGCUAAAUGCAUAUUUACUAGGGUAAACUUUAAUAAGAGACUAGUCAAACAUUUGUCGAUUUGACCGAGUUUCUCUAGCAAGUGGAUUUUAAAGCCUUGAAUGAAGCAGACAAACUCUUGUCCUUAAUAUGCAAGCCAAAUAUUUAUUUUACAAGUGGAAAUUAGUUACAGCUUAACUAUACCAGCAGAUAUUCUCUCUUUCUCCUAAAUACCUUCACUACAUUUGAUGUAUUUAAAUUAUUGUUUGAUUUUUAUACAUAUAUAAAUAUAUGUAGGAAGUAUAUUUUUAAUUGCUUUAAAUUUGCAAUACAGUAUUUUAUGCAUACAACCCAAAACACAAUUAAAAAAAAAACAUGAAAUUUAAUGAAGAAUGCUUUUGCUACCUACUUUGUGUAAACUUUCGCAAAUAAAGACA